AGUCAACCAGACGCGGCGCUCAGUCUGAGAAAACCCGUCUAUCUGGACGCACGGCUAUGACGCCUCUCUCUCCCUGACACUCGCGCGCCGCCCGCCCGCUCUUGGGUAAUGUGCUACGACUCGCGUCUUAAGGAGUACCUCACACAGCUGCGUCAUCAGUGUGUUCUAGGAACGUCCCCGCCACCCACUUGGCGCUCACACCGUACCUCAGGCGCCUAAAGUGGCAACCUUUGUUUGAAAUAUUGAAGUGAUAGUCUAGCGUGUCUAGUGGAGUGCAAGUUUAACAGUGCGGUGAAUGUUGUCAGAGAGCCGAGGAGCUAUGUCGUCCUACCGGAGCCAGCGGCAGCACUGCUACCUGUGCGACCUGCCCCGCAUGCCCUGGGCCAUGCUGCACGACUUCUCCGAGCCCGUCUGCCGUGGGUGCGUCAACUAUGAGGGCGCUGACAGAAUAGACUUGGUGAUAGAGACAGCCAGACAGAUGAAACGAGCUCACGGUAUUAACGAAAGCCGUCAGGGACCUGCCAAGCCGCACCAGCGUGUGCCUAUGGAGGCUCAGAACGGUGCCCAUCACGGCCCCCUCAAGCUUGAGGGCGGCAUCAAAAUGGAGCCUGGGUCCCACUCCCAGUCUGGGUCCCACUCCCACGCCCACUCCCACGGCCAUCCUUCGCCCCUGCCUCCCCCUGGUGGCCCGGGAGUCGCCUUUGUCUCAGGGGACGUUCGCCAGCGUGGGCCACACAUGCUGGCGGCCUUCCCUGCUGGCUUGGCCCACCGUGAGGACCCUCAUGCGCCCUCCCUGGUAAGGCCGCCCGCCCACCUCGCCGCCCACCCGCCCCUGCCGCCCCCACACUCCCGCCCACCAGGAGCCCCGGGAUCCUCAUCAGGCUCGGCGCCUCAAAAAAGAUCCUUCGAAAGAGACGACGCCCAGAGCCCCAGCGAGGGGAGUGUGCCCAAGCGACCCAUGCUGGAGGAGGGGCACAGACCCACACUCACGCGAGGAGAGUCCCUGCCAGCCGCCCCCGUCAACCCCAACUACAAGGACUCUGCUAAACAUCACCCCGUCCGAGUGUGGUCCUUCGACGGGUCUUCAAAACCUCCCACAGGUAAUGAGAUUGCGGCCCACUUCCGCCUCUCCCUGUUAGGGCUGGGUGCGGGGCCGCUGCGGAGUGGAGUAGCAGUAGGCGGCACAAAGUUGAAGGCCUCAGGUUCAGUGGUCAGCGCGGGGCUUCAGCGAGGCAUUCAGCCCUGCAGCAGCAGCAGCAGCAGUCCUGGCGGUCCGCGCUCCUCCCCCUUCAGUCAGCAGCAGCAGCAGCAGCAGAAGCAGAAAGAGGAUGAGCAGCCAAGUGGUUACCCCGGUCUGCCGGUGAGUGCCGCAGCCGUCGUGGCCGCAGCGGCGGCCCAACAGCAAGCGCAAGCCAACAGUCAGAGUCAACAGGGGUCGUCGCAGGGCCCCGGUGGGCCCCGAACCACCUCCCCUGAGGGCCCCAACUCCUCCACCAACGGGCCGUCGCCAAUGGCGGCCCUCCAAAGUGUGACUGACAACCUUCCGCCUGGCUCCCCCCACAGCCAUGCUUCCGCCUCCCCGCAACAGCGGUCAGCAUCCAGGAACUCAUCCCAGUUGUCUCCAUCCUCAGGAGAACCCAGGAGGAGAUCCUCAGGCGGCAGGCAUGGAGACUCGAGUGGGGACAGCAGCCCUGGUGCCCAGGGCAGCGGGGCGGGCAAUGGCAGUAGCGGCAGCGAUGCCCCACAGCCCAGCAAUAACCUCAAGUGCACGAUAUGUACUGAGCGGCUGGAGGACACCCACUUCGUGCAGUGCCCCUCCGUCCUUCACCACAAGUUCUGCUUCCCCUGCUCCAGAGAGUCCAUCAAGCGACAGGGCGCCGGCACUGAGGUGUAUUGCCCCAGCGGCGAGCGGUGUCCCCUGGCCGGGUCGUCGGUGCCGUGGGCGUUCAUGCAGGGGGAGAUCGCCACCAUCCUCGGCACUGCCAACAUCCUGCCCCAACACUCGCAGGAUGAACCCAAGACCAAGAAGGAGCGCGACACAUAGGCUGCGCCGUGGCGAGGUUCCUCUGGUUUUAGUUACAAGGUUACCAGCGACGCUUAGCUGGUGACUUUUGUCGGCGUCGACCGCUACCUGCGCGUUGGGCGUGGUGACGCUGAACUAGCGUGUCCAUAUGGUGCUGGAUCCGGUCCUUGCUGUGGACUCUGCCCGUUAGUGGUGGUGGUGGCAGCGGCCGGGGCUCCCACGGCGCCUCGAGGCCACACCACCAGCCGUGUUGGGUGUCGCCAUCUGGGGGAUGCGACCAGGGUUGAGAGGGCAGAGUCAGCUAGUCCAGGGAGUUCUACACUAGUGACUGUUAGCCAAUUAUACGGACAUUGAGUGUGUCAGUGAAUUGGUUCAUUCCUCUGGGGGUGGCCAAAAAUCCUGCCUUCAUAUGGAGUGAUGAGAGUAAUUUGUUGACCCGUCGUGGCAGGACAGUGGGACAACUCAACGUGAAAAUAAUCACAAUUGAAGGAUUAAAUGUAGAGGUUACCAGAGCAUGUGGAAUUUUGUUUGCAGGAAAACCCCUUGAAGCUGAGAGCACCUUAGGUGCGGUGCAGGUGCCCCAGGGGGAAUUCGUCCCAGGGAGUGAGGGGAAACUUGUGAUGUCCUGGGUCAUCAAUGGCUGCCUCUUCUGAGGGCAUUGACCUCAAACUGUCAUCAGCUUCAUGCUGUCGUCAGUCUCAAAAUACAUUUGACUUCAAGAUAAUGUUGUCAGGAUAUUGACCUCAGGCUCUGUUGUCAGCCUCAAGCUGUCAGAUUAUGUCGACACCAAACUGACAUUGACCUCAAACUUGUCGACUUUUUAAGAAUGUCGUCCCACUUUCGGUCCAUAUAUUCUUGUGCUGAUUUCUUCACAAGUUUUACCUUCAGAGUUGAGCAGAUUUGUUAUUGUAAUCUCUUAGGCUGUACAUAUAUGUGUACAAUCAACACUUGCACACACACACACACACACACACACACACACACACACACACACACACACACACUCACACUCACACUCACUCACUCACACUGCACAUGCGCACACACACACACACACACACACACACACACACACACACACACACACACACACACACACACACACACACACACACACACACACACAGACACGCACACGCACGCACGCACGCACAACACUCCAUACUUCUCACACACACUGCUCCAAGACCGUGUGAUGUUCGCAAUGACCAAAGGCUUACCUUGUAUAUUGAUUGAUAGGAAUAUAUUACUUUAGUGUAAUGUGAUAACGCACUUAGCCUACUAGUCAUUUAUGAUACUGGGUAAUUUUGGUACAGUAUCACAAUUUGGAACUCCGUACUCGCUUUUGUAGAUUUAUAAAUGUUCCAAAUAUUCUCUCUACUUGAAUCUGUCAAAUCUUCUCCAUCAGACUAACACCGGCAAUUAUUUAAAACCAAAAUCAACUGCAAUUAACACGCAAAUCAACUUCCUUCUUGUAUGCGACAACCCCGAGAGAAUAGCAUCACAUUAUUGUCCAGUUUUCCGUUUUUUUUUUAUAUACACAGUAUAAUUUUUGUUUCCCCUCCUCGCCAGAGAUUUAGAAUGUAGCAGUUAUAAGUGUGUGUGUGUGUGUGUGUCUGUCUCUGUAUGCUGAUAUCCUAUAUGCUGGGCUCGACCUUGCGAUGGGCUGGUGGCUAAGAAGGGCUGGUAGCAACCUUAUUGCGUAGCAUAUUUCUGUGUAUAGAAUCAUGUGGACCGACCGUGUUUCGGCUGUGCCUUUUCACGUCUCAGGCUGUCCCAAUAAAUCCCACAAGCUGUUACCCACAUCUUAGGCUUCCUCUUUCGAUCCCAGAAUGUGUCUUUUAACAUCUCAAGAUGGCCUUCGGAAUCUUAGGGUGUGUCUCACAUCUCUGGCUGUUUUUUUUUUUUUUUUUAGCUGAGAAUUUGUCCCUCGUGCCAAGCCUGACGUGCUUGCUCACAGCCACCACUCUUUAUAAUUAUAUAUAAUUGUAUAUAAUAUAUACAAUUUUGUUCUUGGAAUUCAUGUUAUGUGAUAAAUGGCGAUAAUUUUUGGGUACCUAAGUCGGGACAAAUUUGAUUUCUGUGAAGAAUUUUGAUCAUGUUGUAUGAGGUGUCAGGCUGACGUCUUGGGAGCCUUGUGAUGUGGGUAGUCUGAAUAACAUGUGAUUAGCCUUAUUUAUUUGUGGGUGCACACACCGACAAUUAGGUAGUGUGCCUAGAAGGCAGUCGUGCACGG